CGUUAUCUAACCCGUUGUGGGUAGAUCGGGGGAGAGCUGGGAGAUUUUAGCUUAUAUUCGGACAUAUAAGUCCUCAUUGGAGAAGGAGGGGGAUACACAGACGAGCAUCACCACAGAUGAACCGUCAGUGAUUAAAGAUAUCCUUGAAACGAACAAAAUGAGAGGUUCAAUGAAGGCGAAGACAUGUUGGGCGCUAGCUCACGAAAAGCUCGUGCGACGUGUCCAGAAGGAUAAGGAAAAGGAAGUGAAGGACUGGGUGAGGAAAAAGAGCUACCAGAUCUCCAAACAAAGGAAAAUGAGCCAAGUUGUGGAACACCUCGUGCAAAUAAAGCGGUUAAAUGAUGAGGCUAAUCCUCAGCGGGAACAGGAGGAUGAUCAUAAGGACCUUCCCCCGGUUUUCAACAAACGCCUGUUCGCAACACAGGGCAACGUUAUCAUCACAAAAGAAGCCCGAAGGGUGAUGGUACGUAAUACGAAGAGCGUUGAGGAAGGCGUGGAACGAACGUUGACAAAAUCUGAACUGUUAUCCAUGCGGACAGUGGUAGAUGGUCUCAAACUUAUACAUAAAGGUCAGGAUUAUAUCAAAGAUGCUCUAAGCCAUGUUGUUACAAUGGAAAAUUACGAUGCGUUCGAAUAUGUGGUCAAGAAACCCUGGGAGGAUAAACUGUCGUGUUAUUAUAUUGUGCACGGUGCCGUGGAAGUGACAUAUGACAUGAGUUCCACAGAAUCAAGGAAUGUUUAUCAACCGAAUAUCAUAUACAGCCACGGCACAGGGGAAUAUCUGGGUAUGGUAAACGCCGAGAGUCGAGACGAGGAUAUAUCUCCGCCUGCUACAGUGUAUACUAAAGAAAGGUCAGAGGUUCUUAGGAUAGACCGGGAACUAUUUCACACCAUUGUAGAAAAAACAACUCAAGUGCUGAACAAUGAAAUUAGGACAUAUUUUAAUCAUGGAGAAAGUGUUUUCAGGGAUAUGCCGAACAGUUCCAAAGAGAAAAUAUUUCCACUCAUUGAAAAACAGGAAUACCCUCCUAAUAAAGUCAUCAUCGAGCAAGGAGAGAUUGCUGACUUCCUCUUUAUCAUCAGAUCUGGUCGAUGUCAGUGCGAGAGAGAGGUGUACAUCCGAGAGUCCGACAUUACUGCACUGUUCUACAUGUCCUGUCGGGAACCAGAUGACUUCUUUGGUGAUGAAUGCCUGUUAGAUAUGGAGCCUAGCUACGCCAGAAUAACAACUACAAGUUCAACUGUGUGUUACAAAAUCCCCAGGGUAGCGUUCCAGGUUCUACAUAAGGAGAUCCUUGUUCGGUUUGUUGAGGAACACCGACACGAGUUUCCCCCAGAGGACUCCCUUAUGGAUCGUGGCUACCGGAACACUCUCUGGAACAAUUACAAAUUCUACCGGAUCAAAGAGACACUGAAGGAAAAGGGAAAGCUCCAUUACAUGUGUACGUCAAACGGAUGCAGCGUCAAUUCAAGGCCACCGUCUUCUAGUGAUCAAUACAAAGAGAAUAUGUACAGAUUUAUAAUGAAAGGAGCACAUUAUACUCCGUUCCGUGUGAAAUCAGCCGUGUACCCUAGUCGACAAACAGGUCAUCACGAUAGCCAACGACGGCGACCAGCGACCGCAAUGGAAAGAACAACGAAAAAUGGCUUUGUUGACGUCAAUAGCGAUUCAGACGACGACGCAGAAGAUAAUGAAGACGUUAAAGACGAAAAUGACGUAGGGGAAUCAUUAGAAUCAGGGAAGGAUGAAAAUGGGAACCCAAAAUCUGAAAGCAAACUUCUUGGCAUGGAACUUGCACGAACUUUGGAAAAGCACUACUCAAAGGUUAACUACAAGAAAAUCCGAAAUGUAUUGAAGGGUGUUGAUGAUAAAGAGGCUCUGCUGGAACUUUUGGACGAAAACAGUGAACUCAGCAAGCAUCUAAAGAAAGCAUGGGAAACAACAGACGUUCCUGUUGAGGAAAAGGAGGGGUUCAUGAAAAAUGGUGUUCUUGUUACAAUGAAAUCAGAUGACAUAGUACGGAAAGCAGUAGCCAUGGCAGAAAAACAGGUUCAUCAGAGAGGGAAAGGGAGCAAACAAGAGGAGGAUUGGGACACAAUUCUACAAGCAGAAAACAACCAGGCCAAGUUUAUGAUGUCAGCAAACAAAAUGAGGAUCAACAUUCUGCGAGAUAAACUCAUGGUCAUAGAUAAAAAGAGGAAAAAAGCUAUCCAGCAGCGAAACAGGAGUGGGAGUAAGGUAGAAUACAAGUACACUCCAAGCAAGUUCUUACGGGAUACUGUUGAAGAGGAAGCUACGCAGACGCCACGCCCAGCCAUUAUGAACACGCCAGCAACACCUCGAUCGCCAUCCACCAAGAAAACCCCACCGACACUACGUCAGAGGUCUCUAGAGGAUUGUACAAGGCGACUCCACGAUUCUGGAAAUAAUGACAAUGAUACCGCCAAUGAAUUGAGUGCAAUACAGAGGAGACCCAACAGUGCAAUAGUGACCAGGAGAGAAGCCAAACUCCGCCGGCGACGUCAAUACAACUCUCAAGGUUCUACAGAAUCUCUCUUCAGGAAGUCGGACCAAAGCAUUGGACACAGUCAGAAUUCUAUAAUAUAUCGAAUAUGAUCAUUGUAAAGUCACUGAAACGUCACACAUCAAUUUAUGUUAGCUUUUAAAUCCGAUUCACACGGAAUAUAUGGUAUAUAUCCGUUUCAAUGAUGUACUAUAAUUGUAUGCGUUUUAUUUCCACGAAGUGUUAUACUGCGGAAUGCAUACAUACACGUAAUGGAAUAAAAAGGAUUUAUUGUCGUUGUGACAGUCAAGAAAUUAGCAACUAACUAGAUAGUUUCUUCCGAGAUGGAUUCUAGAAAAAAAAUUUGAAAGAGGCUUUACCAAGACACGACUUCCUGUUACAGUGAUAUACGGAAAGUUUGACUGGUAGUGGUAUACAUUCUGUACUCUGUCCAGAAAGUUUGACUGGUAGUGGUAUACAUUCUGUACUCUGUCCAGAAAGUUUGACUGGUAGUGUAAUACAUUCUGUACUCUGUCCAGAAAGUUUGACUGGUAGUGGUAUACAUUCUGUACUCUGUCCAGAAAGUUUGACUGGUAGUGGUAAUACAUUCUGUACUCUGUCCAGAGAGUUUGACUGGUAGUGGUAUACAUUCUGUACUCUGUCCAGAAAGUUUGACUGGUAGUGGUAUACAUUCUGUACUCUGUCCAGAAAGUUUGACUGGUAGUGGUAUACAUUCUGUACUCUGUCCAGAAAGUUUGACUGGUAGUGGUAUACAUUCUGUACUCUGUCCAGAAAGUUUGACUGGUAGUGGUAUACAUUCUGUACUCUGUCCAGAAAGUUUGACUGGUAGUGGUAUACAUUCUGUACUCUGUCCAGAAAGUUUGACUGGUAGUGGUAUACAUUCUGUACUCUGUCCAGUAAGUUUGACUGGUAGUGGUAUACAUUCUGUACUCUGUCCAGAAAGUUUGACUGGUAGUGGUAUACAUUCUGUACUCUGUCCAGAAAGUUUGACUGGUAGUGGUAUACAUUCUGUACUCUGUCCAGAAAGUUUGCCUGGUAGUGUAAUACAUUCUGUACUCUGUCCAGAAAGUUUGCCUGGUAGUGUAAUACAUUCUGUACUCUGUCCAGAAAGUUUGCCUGGUAGUGUAAUACAUUCUGUACUCUGUCCAGAAAGUUUGACUGGUAGUGGUAUACAUUCUGUACUCUGUCCAGUGAUAAUAUUCAGGACAGAAAUUACAACAUAGAGAUGGCGGAGAUACAGAGCAGUAUUGCUGUUUAAAAUAAUCAAGUGUACUUAUUGUUAUGUACCGAUGCUGGCGAUGAUCGAGUCUCUCAAGUUUCCAGUGUACACAGGCAAUAUUCCUUCACGUGAAAAUCACGUGAAAAGGGCAAAAAAGUGAAAUUCAUGUGAAAUUUUUCAUGUGAAAUUCAUAUGAAAAAAUUCAUGUGAAUUUCACGUGAAGUUUUUUCACGUGAAUUUCACGUGAUUUCACAUGAAAAAACUUCACGUGAAGGAAUAUUGCCUGUGUAGGACUGAGAAAUUACAGAGGUUGAACACGAAUAUUCAUCUAACUUGAAAAUGAUCCAUGUUCUAACGAUAAAAAGCGACUAGUUUCGUUUAAAAGGAUUAUAUUUUCAAUCAAAUAACUGUAUGCAUUGCAGCAAGGAUGUGUAGGACUUGUCAAUUGCGAUGAAUCAUCAGGCCCGGGUUUCAUCAAUGUUCCUUAACUUACAUUUUUUCAUAAGAAUUUAAGUAUGGGUCCUUAACUUAGAUGUUACCCUUACAAAUCAAAUACUGAUUUCCUUUGGAAAAUGUAUAUUCAACUUAUGACACAAUUGUUUGGCGUUUCGUUUUAAUAGAUGUAGAUUUUCAAACUAAUACCAGAAUGACAAUAUAGCAAGUAACAGCAAGUUACAGCAAAGGUUUCCUUUAAGUUCAGGGGUUUUAUGUCGAUGAUUUUCUUUAAGUGGUUCCGAGUUUUCUUUAAGCUAAAGAUUUUCUUAAUAUCAAUGAUUUUUGUUUUAGUAAUUAAGGGCUAUCUUUAAAUUAAGGGGUUUUCUUUAUGUCGAGGAUUUCCCUUAAUAUAAGGGUUUUAUUUAAGUUAAAAAGAAUGUUGAUGAAACUGGGAUAAUCUUCUAUAUCACCAAUGUGUUUUACUACUUGUACUAGAAUCAUUAGAUCAUUUAGAUUUUUAACGAGCCAUAAUUUAGAUAUUUACAUGAAAGUCUAUACCUAUACAAGUGUAGAUCGUCACUAUUGUUUAACUUUUUGUCCCAUAAUUAGUGAAUGAUAAACUCAUUUCACAAUUAGUUUAACAGUACUUAUUUCUGAAAGCUGUUAUGUUUGAUCGCGUGUAGAAUUGUUGAGUACAUGGUACAUUUGUUGUCUUUGUCAGAUACAUUUUAUUCUUGUUGAUAUCACUAUAAAUAUACAUCAAAAUGAAUCGAU